CCAAACAUAAGAGAAGCAAUUAAAACGGCUCAACCGGAUAGUUAAGUAUUAGCUGCAGGUGUUGUUUUCUAUACUUUCACCUCUUUUGGCGCGGCCAUAAUGUCUGAUGAGGAAGAGGACUAUAUGUCUGAUGCUUUUCUCAGUAAAAUACAAGAUGUGAAACCAGGAGUCAGCAUGGUGAGGCGGGUAAAAGCAGCAAUGAAGAGGGAGACGCAGGCAAAGGAGAAGAACAUUAAAAACCGACAGAAAACCUACAAGGAGCAAGAGACGGAAAGUCGAGAAGCAGCUUUACAGAGCUCAAUCAGCAAUGAGAACAAGGGAUUUGCACUUCUGCAGAAAAUGGGCUACAAAGCUGGCCAAGGACUCGGGAAGAAGGGAGCUGGGAGGGUCGAUCCCAUUCCUCUAAACAUCAAAACUGACAGAGGUGGCAUUGGAAUGGAAGAGGUGAAGAAAAGAAAAGCAGAGGAGGAACUUGAACACUAUCGACAGAAAGUACAAGUCAAACAACAGAAUGAGACCCAAUCUCUGGAAGACUUUAGGUCAAGAGUAAGGUCAGAGAGAGAGGAGCGUAAGAUUGAAGGAGAUCUCAGAAGGAGUCAGCGAGCCUGUGAGCAGCUUGACAGUCAGAAGGGCAUCACUGUCCCCAGAGAAUACUGGUACUGGCCAAAAGAAGAUGCUGAUGACGAAGAAGCUAGUCACGAUGAGGAGGAGGAGGAGGAGGAAGAAGAAGAAGAAAAGGAGAUUGUGGAAUUAACCUCCUUUGAUAAACUGCAAAUUUUGACAUCGUAUUUGAGAGGAAUCCAUUUUUACUGCAUAUGGUGUGGGACCACCUAUAAUGAUGAAGACGACCUGUGCUCUAACUGUCCUGGGGAUACAGCAGCAGAUCACGACUGAACUUGAUAAAAAGCAUAUGUAGUACCAACUAGUGAAAACGCAGUUACAAAUAUGCAGACAGCAUUUUACAACAGGCUCAUUAUACUAUAAAAAGCAGCAAAGGCAAUAAAGUGAUCAGAAUUGGAGGAAGAUUGAUUAAUCAUCCCAUUUGAAUCUGCUGUCUGUCUCUGGAAGAACAUGCUGUUUGUGGGUGUGUUGUCUUCAUUUUUUUCAUUAAGAAAUCCUGUGGGAAAUUCAUGAUACCUUUUUAGUAUUUAUAUUUCUAAAAGCUGUGUUUUCAUUAAAUGUUUUAAGACUUCUA